AUGGCUUCCAUAUCUGCUCCUACCCCAAGCCCUCACAAGCUUCACUUCUCCAACCCCAGACCAUACCCUUCCUCCGUUGGGAAAAGACCAUUUUACCCUUCUUCUUCCCCUUCCUCCCAAACCCGCUUCAGGUUUCCCGAUUCGGCCCUCUGCCGAUGCCAGAACCCCUCUUCUUCCUCCUCCUCCGAGUCAAUUCAGUGGAGAUGGGACUCUGCGCUCCAGGGCCUCAUCCAAAAUGCCAUCGAACGCUUCGAUUCCUACUUCAAUUUUAAACCCCAAGGAGAUUCCCAAAACGCACCGUUUGAGAGCGGUAACAGGGACGAACCUGAUUGGGACUGGGAUCGCUGGCGCCAGCAUUUCCUUGAGGUCGAAGAACAAGAGCGCCUUCUCUCUCUUCUCAAGUCACAGUUGGGUCGUGCUGUGUAUACAGAGGACUUUGAGGAUGCUGCUAGGCUCAAGGUUGCAAUUGCCGCUGCAGCUACAAACGACGUCGUUGGCAGAGUCAUUUUUCAUCUCAAUAGAGCUGUACAGGAAGAGCGAUACCAGGACGCUGCAUUUUUUCGAGAUAAUGCUGGUGCUGGAUUGGUGGGUUGGUGGGCUGGCCUUUCAAAAGAUAAGAAGGAUCCUCAUGGUUUAAUUAUACGAGUAACUGCAGAGCAUGGAAGAUAUGUCGCAAGGAGUUACAGUCCCCGGCAGCUUGCUACAGCUGCAGCUGGUGUACCAUUGUUUGAGAUAUUUGUAACAGCAAAUAAGAAUGGCGAAUACAGACAGCAGGCUGUGUUUUUAAAGCGAGGAGGAGUUUUUGAGGAUUCUUCACCAGUUAGCUCCAAAGCAUUGGAUGCCACUAGCAGCUUGAAUUCUUUAGAUUCAACUGAAGAAAAAAGUGAUCUACUUGUUGCAGGCAGUGAAGAUGCUGAAGAUGGUGAUGAUGGGGAUGAUGACUCUGAUCUUUCUGAGGGACUUUCUGGUUUUCAGAGUAUCUUGAGAGAUAUGAUUCCUAAUGUGAAGGUCAAGGUUUUGAAAGUGACAUCACCAGGGAAGGUAGACAGGGAUCUAAUAUCGAAAGUGAUUGAACAGAUUAUUGAGGAAGAUGAUGAAGAUAAGGAUAGUGAAAUAGAGAGUUUAGAAGCUGAAGAUGAUGAACAGGUUGAGGAUGACGAAGAGACAGAUGUGAUUGAACUGGAUGCUGAUCCUGGAAUUAUUCAAAGUACAGAGCGACGUGAAAUUGCAGUUAAAGUAGUUGUUGGUGGUCCUGGGCAGAAAAUAUCAAGCAGGCCCCCUACGAAAAAUUUGCUCCGAGUACCUGCUAAAAUAGAGAAGAAGGGACGUUUAUCAUUUUCCUUUACUGUUGAGAAAGAUAUUGACCAACAGGAUUCCCAAGAAAAGGAACGGUCAUCAGUAGAUAAAAAAGCUAAACUUGGAGGUCAACGUAGCAUUGACAAUGUUAUGUUUGAUCUCGCUAAGUUCAUUGGUAAAGAGAAGAUACCAUUGAAGGUACUCAAGGAUGUUGGCGAGUUAAUAAAUCUUGCUCUUAGCCAGGUUAACAACCAUCAACCACUGUCAGGAUCAACCACUUUCAAUCGCAUUGAAAUGCCUGAUUCUCCAGAUCCUUUAAUGGACUGUUGUUCUUUGAGGGGACUUUACAUUGGUGCACAUGGGCUCUACACCUCAGAAGUGAUUCACCUUAGACGUAAAUUUGGUCAAUGGAAAGAGGAUGGUGGUACUCAGGAGCCUUCAAACCUUGAGUUUUAUGAAUAUGUAGAAGCCUUAAAACUUACUGGGGAUCCUUAUGUACCUGCUGGCCAGGUGGCAUUUCGUGCAAAGAUUGGGAAAAGAUAUCAGCUUCCUCAUAAAGGGAUCAUACCCGAAGAAUUUGGAGUGGUUGCUCGAUAUAAAGGGCAGGGGAGACUUGCUGAGCCAGGGUUUCGCAAUCCUCGAUGGGUUGAUGGUGAACUUGUUAUUCUUGAUGGAAAGUACAUUAAGGGUGGACCUGUUGUUGGAUUUGUUUAUUGGGCUCCGGAGUAUCAUUUCUUGGUGUUCUUCAAUCGACUGAGGCUUCAACAGUAG